AUGAGGAUUAAAUACAUGAAGCAACAUGUAAAAGUGAAUUUAGAUUUUUUGAUAGUAUGGGCUCUUGAUAUAUAUUCUAUUAAACGUGAGGAUUAUGAAAUUGAAUUAGUUUUAUUUGUGUCUGUUAAUUCAAAUGAUAAAAAUUUGGAGACCCAAGCUAUUUUUGAGAAAGAUAAUUUUUUUGCUGUUGGUGUUAAAAUAGUACUGGAGUAUUACAGUGGUAAUAAAAGAGCAAAG